AAGCAACUCCGGCUGAUGUUUGCGGCGGAGAGGAGGUGAGAGGAGAGAGACGAACAGGAAGAGCUGGAGCUGGGGUGGGCAUGACAUUUGAGCAAAGUCUGCACAGAAACAACAGCCUGCAAAGUAGCGAUGUCUGCGGCACGGCGCUCCACUGCACUUUGCGCAGGUGACUGAGAGCUCCUCUGUGGCUUUGAAGCCUCUUUUUUUCCUUCCUCCGCUGGGAGAGAAUCAGGGGAGAGACGAGGCAGUGCCCGCCAGGUGCCACCGCCAGGAGAGGGGCGGAGGGACGCAGCGCUGCUGCUUAAUUAACUGGCAGACGAGCAAGAACACAGCGGACACAGGUGCGCACCGGAGAGGACAACAUGUCAAAGGAGACAAAAGGCAGAGGUUCAGGGCGAAAACACAGUGCCUCUCACUGGCGUCUGCAGAACAUCGCCCAAGAAUCAGUCGAAAGCUCAGAUGAGGAGUUCUUCGAUGCCAGAGCAGAUGUUAUGGAGGGAAAGAGCGCCAUUCUGCUGGGUAUGAGUCAGUGGAACUCGAAUGACCUGGUGGAGCAGAUCGAAACUCUGGGACACAUGGAGGACCAGUCGCAUGAGGGUCUGUACCAGCUUGGAGGUCCUCGCUGUGCCCCUCAGAGCAGCAUUGAAGGACUGGAGGAUACAGAGAGAAAAUGUAAAACCCAUGUGCUGCUGCUGGUGGUGCAUGGAGGAAAUAUCUUAGACACAGCAGGUGGAGACCCCAGCACAAAGGCUGGUGAUGUGGCCACUCUGGCCUCAGUGCUGGAGAAAGUGACGCAUGCACAUUUCCAGGCCGCCGAGGAGCAUGUGAUGAUCAAACUGGUGCCAUGUCCAGCAGUGUGCGCUGAAGCCUUCUCCCUUGUCUCUAAUCUGAACCCGUACAGCUAUGAUGAGAGCUGUGUGUCCAGCAGUGUUGACCACCUGCCUCUGGCUGCGCUCCCGCUCCUCGCUAUUGUGUCCCCACGCUACCAGGACGCUGUGGCGACUGUCAUCGACCGAGCCAACCAGGUUUAUCGCAGCUUCCUGCAGUCUGACGAUGGCCAGGGAUUUACAGGGCAGGUUUGCCUGAUGGGCGACUGUGUGGGUGGAGUGCUUUGCUUUGAUGCCUUGUGCUUCAGCAACCACCCGAGGCCUGGUAGCCCCAACAGCAGCAGCAGGAACAACAGCACAGAGAGCCUGAAGGAUAACACAGGUCAGCUGCGGCAGUCGAGUCCUGGUUUGAGCUCAAGCAAGAGGCUAAGUAAGAGCAACAUCGACAUUUCUGCUCCCAAUGAAGGCCAGGGCGGCCCUUCACUGAGCCGCAAGCAAAGUGACUCGUAUGAUGGGGACUCUUCCACAGGCCAGCACAACUUUUUUUCCAGUUUGAUGAAGGAGAAUGUGGAGGUGCGUGGCGGCAGCAGCACCAGUCUGGUGUUGAAUCCAGGCCGCUUCGACUUUGAGGUGUCAGACUGUUUCCUGUUGGGUUGUCCUCUGGGACUGGUGUUGGCCAUGAGACGCACUGUGCUGCCUGCCAUUCAGGUGGGCCAGCUGCGUCCAGCCUGUUCCCAGAUCUUCAACCUGUUUUACCCCUCAGACCCUUCUGCGUCCAGACUAGAGCCCCUUCUGCAGCCUCUUUUUCAUAAACUUCCACCGUUCGCUGUCCCACGCUAUCAGCGCUAUCCUCUUGGAGAUGGACGCUCGCUGCUCAUCGUAGAAAGUAUCCAAAGCAAUCCCAGCGUGUUUCUGGAAGGUGACAAAUCUCCAGUAGCUCCAGCUUCACAGCAUUCCUGCAAAGUUGAAACUGAGGGAGGAGGAAGAGAGGAGAAUGAGGAAGGUGAAAUAUCAGUUUGCUCCAUGAGCCAGCUGGGGAACACCAUCGCUAACAUUUCCAGUAGCUGGUGGGGCUCCAAGAGGUUGGAUUAUGCUUUAUACUGCCCCGAUGUGCUCACCGCCUUCCCAACAGUGGCUCUGCCGCAUCUUUUUCACGCCUCCUACUGGGAGUCCACUGAUGUUGCUGCUUUUGUUCUCCGCCAGCUAAUGCGAUGCGACUGUGUGAGGACCCAAAAAGCAGACCACUUGGACUCGGCUCCAUUUUCUCCUUCGAGCCCUCGUGAGAAAUGGCUCAGGCGGAGAACACAUGUCAAGUUAAGGAAUGUCACAGCUAACCACAGGGUGAAUGAUAUCAUAGCAACAGAGGACGGACCUCAGACUCUAGUUGGUCGCUUCAUGUAUGGACCCUUGGACAUGGUUACCUUAACUGGAGAAAAGGUUGACAUUCUGGUAAUGACUCAGCCUCAGUCUGGCCGCUGGGUGUACUUUGACAUGGAGGUGACUAACAGCAGUGGGAGGGUUACAUACACCAUCCCCAAAAGCAAGAAGCUCGGCCUGGGAGUAUAUCCAGUCAAAAUGGUGGUUAAGGGUGACCAAACCAGUGCAGAGGCCUACCUUACUGUGUUACCACGGGGCAUGGAGUGCGUGGUCUUCAGCAUCGAUGGAUCUUUUGCUGCAAGUGUGUCCAUCAUGGGGAGCGACCCCAAGGUCCGGCCUGGAGCUGUAGAUGUUGUCAGGCACUGGCAGGACCUCGGGUAUCUUAUUAUCUACAUCACUGGACGGCCUGACAUGCAGAAGCAGAGAGUAGUAUCUUGGCUUUCGCAACACAAUUUUCCACAUGGGAUGAUCUUCUUUUCUGAAGGGCUGGUGCAUGAUCCCUUGCGCCAGAAGACAAUCUUUCUCAAAAACCUCAUACAGGAGUGUCACAUUAAGAUAAACUCUGCUUAUGGCUCCAUGAAGGAUAUCUCUGUUUACAACAUGUUGGGCCUGAGCCCCUCUCAGAUAUACAUCGUUGGCAGACCUUCAAAGAAGUACCAAAAUCAAUGCCAGUUCCUCAGCGAGGGUUAUGCAGCUCACCUCUCCAUGCUUCAGUUUGGACAUAGAGCCAGACCCAAGAAAUCCCCAUCUGUUCGCAUGGUCCUUAGAAAAGGAUCCUUUGGUCUUUCUGCAAAGCCUGACUUUCUGUGCAAACGCACCCAUCUGCGCAGGACAAUGUCGGUCCAGCAGCCAGACCCACCCUGCACACCCAACCCCAAACCAGAGCGAGCCCAGAGCCAGCCAGAGUCAGAUAAGGACCACAGCGGAGGAGGCUCAGGCGGAGGAGUUGGACAAAGUGCAUGGGUUCGGGGCUCUAUGCUUCGUGGAGACACAACCCCCUGACACCAAAACAGAGAUUAGAGGAUUUCAGGAGGAAAUGAGAACAGAAGAAAAAAUCCAGCAUCGUGUCCAGGGCCAAGUGUCUCCUGUAACCAUAUGUGUACUUUGCAUUGGACUUUGCUGGCAACCCAUUGAGCUCAGCUUUACCUCCUGCUUGGCCCUCUACACUUUUCCAUCUGAUUAACUUUUUGGUGAAAUGCACGGUAGCAACAUUCAGUCUCCUGAAUUUUAAACAGGUGCAAUGGAUGGAAAUAUACAAACAUACAAGCCUAUAUGUCGUCUAAAUGUAAAAUCCGACCAAUGUGGUUAUGACUAUGAAUUUACUCCCAUGUUGUAUUUAUGCACAUGCUCCCGAGCGUUAAAAAUGGGAGGAAAGUUAUGAUUCUGCUGUAGGCACAAGAGGAGACUAUCAAAUGCUGCACGAUAUUUUAUGUUCAGACAAACGUUGUGAAACUUAAUUCUGUUGACUGACUCCUGCACUGAGCCCCUCCACCAAUGUAUAUAUCCAUCCCACAUCCCCCAUGCUUCGGCCUCCGGACUCAGCAGUUUGACAUUUUCGGUUAAUCUCUACAUGAGUUCUGCAUCCUGCAGCAUUUAUGCAUCCAACCUCUGCCUACAUUUUUCUCCUGCUGUUUGAUGUUUCUACAAGUUGUGGGCGGUUUACCACUUUAGCUUCACCUCCAGCUUCCCUUCUACUUCAACCAGUAUGGGAGAACAUGCAUUGUGACAGGCACUACAGUGCUGGUCUUCAGUCGUCAAAGAGAAGUGGCACGCACAGCUCAGCUCCAGAAGUCACUGUUUUGCACUUAACGGGUGUUUGGUGUACAGUCACAGCUUGUUGGUUGAAAAAUUUAAAGUUACAAGUAAAAAUAAACUUGGUGUUCAACCUAAAAAUGUUUACAGAUUGUCAAAUGGUCAUGGUUAGUUAAGAGAACAUCUCCUAUGACUGUAAUUAUCUUUAUUAGCAGCUUUAGUUCAUUUAUUUUUUGAUGCUGUAGCUCGUAACACCGCAGAAUCAAUGCCAGUAAGAAAUCCAAUAGGAUGCACUUGUAUCUAUUUUUUUUAAAGCUGCACUAAAACUCAAAUAUAUAUGCUGAAAUUUCACAUUCUUGUGCACUUGAAGUUUCGUGUGGUUAUGAUUGAAAAACAGUGGAAGUUGAGCAUAUUUUUCUAUUGGAAAAUACUGUAAAUAGAAAUAUUUUCAAUGUAUGUUUUUUAAUUUGUUGGUUUCACUGAUUAAUUUUAGCCUUAAAUUGUUCACUUAUGUUGUGCAGCAUUCAUUUCUACCAUUAAUUAUGACUUUAAGUGCAUUAAUGUGGAUAUUUAACAAGUUUUAGAUACUCAAGUGGAGUGUGUGAGCUUGUAAGUGAGAUUGUUGGUGCUUGUUAUGUCAUUGAGUAUUCAGAGAACAUAGAUGUCUCUGCAGAGGAACGGGAGGACACCUUAGGGCCAGUGAUGAUUUAUCUUCAUGUUCUUUCUGCAGCUGUACUGCCAGUUUUUAAGAACAGAGCAUGUAUUUUUGUGGCACUGGAAUGAAGCAGCUGAGUAAAGAGGGAUUACACAACUGAGUACUUUACACUUAGCUAUGAAAGGAGAGAGGAUUGAGUGGUUUAUGGAUGUCUCCUUUUAAAUAAAAUAUCUGUAUAGUUGAAUAGUUUGUGAAAUCCAGGGGGAGCUUUAUCUUGAAAAUCUUUCUAUUCCCAAAGCCUGUAUAAUGUUCAUCCUUUGGAUUAUUAUCAAGUUUGUAAGACUGGUUGUAGUGCUGCCCCUGAAAUAAAACCACACCUGUUAUUUAUGGAUAAAUGUAAAAUAUAUUGUAAAAGAGCUUAAAAAUAUAUAUAUCUGUUUUUGUUCUGUAUUUGGAGUUCAAGUGAGAAGUUUACAUGUGAAAUCCCCCUUUUACUGAUGAAUAAAAAAAAACUUUUUGUGAGCAAUGAUGACA